GCCCCGCUUACUACCAAACGCUGUGUUUCAAAGGACAGACGUUUUUGUUCUAACUUUGUCUGCUGAACUCUUGAACUCUUUUGACGCAUGACAUCAUGGCGAUACCUCCAAAUCCUGUAGGCAGAGCUGUUGUGAUCAUCGCGGCCGUCUUCACCGGCGUCGAUCUUGGCUUUAUUCUACUGCGAUUAUGGGCCAGACGGCUGAAGCAUGUGUCGCUGGAUGCGAGCGACUACCUCAUCAUCAUCGCAUGGUCCAUCGCAUUGGCCGAUAUGAUCCGCAAGAUUGUAGCUGCUAGCUGGGGGGUUGGAACGCAUUUCAACGAUCUCGUGGCUGUUGCAGGACCCUCCGUUAUCAUACCUGUAAACAAGAUAACAUACACUGGCUUCUUCCUCUGGCUUGCAAUCGUCACCUUCACAAAGCUCUCAAUCCUCUUCCUCUACCGUGGAAUCUUCCGAUGCGUCGAACGCUUCGUUCUAGUCGUCCACAUUAUGAUGGGCGUAGUUGUGGCAUACUGGCUUGCUUUCACCAUGGGCACGCUUUUCCAGUGCAGCCCGAUUGCUUUUAAUUGGGACAGAACGAUACCAGGAGGUAAAUGUAUGGUACCUAAGACCGGCUUCCUGGUCUCGGGGUCCGUCAAUUUAGUUAUUGACGUAAUACUCGUGGUGAUGCCAAUACCGGUAGUCUGGAAGAUGCAACACGUCACGAAGAUGAAGAAGAUCGGUAUCAUUGGCAUGUUCAGUUUGGGUCUCUUUAUCUGCUUUCUCGCUGCCUUUAGAUUCAAGUUCGUGCUCGCUACCAACCCUCUGGAUUUCAACCACGACGGCGAGAUCGCAGGAAUUCCCGGUGAGCUCGAGCUAUAUCUCGGUAUCAUGGGUGCUUGCCUUCCACUCAUCUCCCCGCCACUCCUUGCGAUCCGCCAAAAAGUGACAGUCGGGUACUCAUCGAUCAUGGGGCGGAAGCGCUCUGGGUACAGCGAGGGUGGCUCCGAUUCCGACUCUAUACCGAAGCCGGACAUCAAAUCAGAGCAGCCAUCGUGGGAAAGUAUGGCUCUCAAGUCAUGGCCAGAUUCAGCGACGGAUAGCAUUGUAGAAGUCAGCCCUGUGAAUAGGGUAGUGGCGGAUGAAGCGAAUCAUCACACCAUCCAGUGCCAUUCAGAAUGGAUGGUUAGGAGUGACGCGCGUUCGGCUGUAUAGCAUUGGAAUGUAUUAUGAAUAACAAAAUUCCGUACAGAGUGUCG